UGGGAGCAGGGUGUAAAGCUAGUUUCUCAGGGCGGGUGCUGCUAUAGUUUAUUGCAAACUACCACCCAUUCAUUCGUUUGCAUUUUAAGAGUCCACGAUAUCGCUUUAAAAAAAUAAUUUUGUGGGGGUUUUUUUUAAAUCGUAUUUUUUGGUUUAGGGUAAAUCAAGAGAGAAGAAAACAUCGCCAUGGAAAGUCCGGGGUUUCCGGGAUGACCCAUGGGUUUCUCGCUGGAAUACGGAUGCAUUGAUUUUAUCGCGUAAAAAGGAAUCAUACGUCGGGAAUAAAUUGUGCAGCUCAACUUUUUAUUUUUAAAGCGGCUCACCUCCCAUUCUCCACUGAGUUUGAUUCAAAGUUAAGAGCCAAGAUGGCGGCCGAUUCCGUGCAGGGAGACAUAUCGAGUCAUAUCGUCUCGGAGCUGGGCCUCGGGCAGAACCUGGACCUCUCGGACACCAUGGUGCAGCAGAAGCUUGACGAGAUCAAGGACGUGAUCAAGAAGGAGAUCCGGAAGGAGCUGAAGAUCAAGGAGGGCGCGGAGAACCUGCGCAAGGUCACCACCGACAAGAAGAGCCUGGCCUACGUGGACAACAUGCUGAAGAAGUCCAACAAGAAGGUGGAGGAGCUGCACCAGGAACUUCAGGAGCUCAACGCUCACAUCGUGGUGAAGGACCCUGAGGACCUGCUCGAGUGCCCGCUAACCCCAGACACCCCCAACAGCGAAGCGCGGACCUGCACCAGCAACAGCAGGCUAGCGGCCCUGAAGAAGCAGAACGACAUUGAACUGAAAGUGAAACAGGGAGCGGAAAACAUGAUCCAGAUGUACUCCAACGGCUCCUCAAAGGACCGCAAACUGCUCGCCACAGCUCAGCAGAUGCUCCAGGACAGCAAGACGAAGAUCGAGUUCAUCCGGAUGCAGAUUCUGAAGGCCAGCCAGACCAGCGAGAUGAGCUUCGAGAACAGUGAUGGCAUGGCCAAGCCCAUCAUCAGCCCGCUCGACCUGCGGCUGGAGGAGCUGCGCCAUCACCUGCGCAUCGAGUACGCCGUCGCCGAGGGCGCCAAGAACGUCAUGAAGCUGCUGGGCUCCGGCAGGCUCACCGACAAGCGGGCGCACUCUGAGGCUCAGUCCCGGUUCAACGAGUCCAACCAGAAGCUGGACCUGCUGAAGUACUCCCUGGAGCAGAGGCUGAACGAACUCCCCAAAAACCACCCCAAGAGCAGCGUGAUCGUGGAGGAGCUUUCCCUGGUGGCGUCGCCAGCCCUCAACCCGCGGCAGAGCAUCAUAUCCACGCAGAACCAGUACAGCACGGUGGCCAAGCCCGCCGCCCUGACAGGUACGUUGGACGUGAGACUAAUGGGCUGCCAGGACCUGCUGGACAGCGUCCCGGGCCGCUCCAAAACGGCGGCCGUCCCGCUGCCGGGCUGGAGCCCCAGCGAGACCAGGUCCUCUUUCAUGAGCCGGGGGAGCAGGAACAAAGCCGGCACCAGCCGCAGCCUCUCCAAAACAGACGACCUGUCCAAUGAGAUCGGUGCCGUUCUGAAGCUGGACAACACAGUGGUAGGACAGACCAGCUGGAAGCCCAUCAGCAACCAGUCGUGGGACCAGAAGUUUACACUGGAGCUGGACAGGUCUCGGGAGCUGGAGAUCUCUGUGUACUGGAGAGACUGGCGGUCCCUCUGCGCGGUCAAGUUCCUGCGGCUGGAGGACUUCCUGGACAACCAGCGACACGGGAUGUGCCUGUACCUGGAGCCUCAGGGCACGCUAUUCGCAGAGGUCACCUUCUUCAACCCAGUCAUUGAAAGGAGACCCAAACUCCAAAGGCAAAAAAAGAUCUUCUCCAAGCAGCAAGGAAAGACGUUCCUGCGCGCACCUCAGAUGAACAUCAACAUCGCCACCUGGGGCAGGCUGGUGAGGAGGGCCAUCCCCUCCGUCAACAACUCCUUCAGCCCCCAGGUCCCAGACCUGGCCUCAGAGUCCACCCAUGCCAGCCACCCAGGGUCACCCACCACCCCCAGCAGCGACCCAACCGUGACUAAGCUGGACUUUGACAAGGAGCCAACCCCCAGUCCCAAGCACCUCCCCCUCCCCGUGGAGAUCAGAGAGGCAGCGCCCGAGGGCACCAUCCCCGACAGACAGGAGGUGCAGGAUGCUUUGGCGACGUUCGACUUCCUGAACGACAGGAAUAGUAUGGUGGUCAAGCCCGAUCAGGAUGACAUAGCAGGGCACGAGAUCCAACAGCCAGAUCUGAAGCUAAUAGCCGUGGAACAGGCCACUGAAACAAGGGAAGAACAGUUCAGUCUUAAAGACUUCAAAUGCAUUGCAGUCCUUGGCCGGGGCCAUUUUGGCAAGGUGUUGCUGGCAGAAUACAAGAGCACAGGAGAAAUGUUCGCCAUUAAGGCCUUAAAAAAAGGAGACAUUGUGGCACGAGAUGAGGUAGACAGUCUCAUGUGCGAGAAGAGGAUCUUUGAGACGGUGAACAGCGUGAGACACCCCUUCCUGGUCAACCUCUUCGCCUGCUUCCAGACCGAACAUCACGCUUGCUUCGUCAUGGAGUACGCGGCCGGGGGAGACCUGAUGAUGCACAUUCACGCCGACGUCUUCUCGGAACCUCGGGCUGUGUUUUAUGCAGCGUGUGUAGUCCUGGGAUUGCAGUUCCUACAUGACCAUAAAAUAGUUUACCGAGAUUUAAAGCUGGACAAUCUACUGCUGGACACUGAGGGCUAUGUGAAGAUCGCCGACUUUGGCCUUUGUAAAGAAGGAAUGGGGUUCAGAGACCGCACCAGCACGUUCUGCGGCACCCCCGAGUUCCUGGCUCCCGAGGUCCUGACGGAGACCUCGUACACGCGUGCGGUAGACUGGUGGGGGUUGGGUGUGCUCAUCUUUGAGAUGCUGGUUGGAGAGUCUCCGUUCCCCGGUGACGAUGAGGAGGAAGUGUUUGACAGCAUUGUCAACGACGAAGUCCGUUACCCAAGAUUCCUCUCAACAGAAGCAAUCUCCAUCAUGCGAAGGCUAUUGAGGAGGAACCCAGAAAGACGACUCGGGGCAGGAGAGCGAGACGCAGAGGAAGUGAAGAAGCACCCGUUCUUCAGGAAUGUGGAUUGGAGUGGGUUGCUGGCUAAAAAAGUCAAGCCUCCAUUUGUGCCAACCAUUCAGGGGCGUGAGGACGUCAGCAACUUUGAUGACGAAUUCACGUCCGAGGCCCCCGUCCUGACCCCUCCCCGUGAGCCCCGGGUCCUGACCGGGGACGAGCAGGACACGUUCGCAGACUUUGACUACAUCGCAGACUGGUGUUAGCCCCUCCACCCUCCCCCACACUGUGAACAGCCACCGCUAACUGUAGCUCAGCAUUGCAUCUCUGAAGAGCUGGAGCCUUGUUCCUCCGGUCUCCUGUUGCACUUUGUGCCAAAUAAGGGACCCGCAAAUGUUAAAUAACAGAAUGAAGAUUUUUUUUUUUCUUUUUUUUUUCUUCAUAAAA